AUGAAGCACAAUUGGAUAGCAUGGCUAGAGAUCGUCACAGGGGUUCCAGAAGCCCUCGGAGGAGAAGGGUCCGAUCCAGAUCCAGAGAACGACACAGGAGACACAGAACCAGAAGCCGUUCUGGUGAGAGACAUCGUCAUCGAUCAAGAUCCCGUGAGAGAAAGGAUCGAAAAGAGUUCAAGUGAGGAUGGCUGUCAUUUGAGGAUGACCAAUGGUCUGGGUGACCAUCAGAAGUUGGACAGGCACAAACGUUCAAGAUCAAAGGAGAAAAUAACUCUUGGCCCUGUUGAAGAAAAGAAGCCCAAAGUUGAGCUGGUUACUGCUGUAGUUAAGAGGGAUACAAGACCAGCUGUCAUCCAUCCAGACAAGGAAGAUGAAGAUGCUCCUUUCGAUCCUUCCUCAGUGGACAAGGAAGAGGAGCAGAAGAGGUUGGAGGCUGAGAUGAAUAAAAGGAAGGAGAGAAUUGAGAAAUGGAGGGCAGAAAGAAAGAAGCAGUUGCUUGCUGAAGUCAAAGAAACUCUGGCUUCAAUCCAGGUUGCAGUUGCAGGAAAGAAGUGGACAUUAGAGGAUGAGAGUGAUGAGGAAGAAGCAGGAAAUGCCAAUGACAAUAGUGAGACCACUGAGGAUGUAGAUCCUCUAGAUGCUUAUAUGCAGAAGACAUCUGGGAUUGUGAUUGGGUCUGCCAAAACUGCAGCAAAAGGACCAGUUGAUCAGGAGAGCCGGUUUACAGUUCUCAGUGGUGUUGCUCGACCCAAUCAGUCCACUGCAAAGAAGGGGGAAGUCAUGGAACAGAAUCAAGAUGCCCUUGAGUAUUCAUCAGAAGAAGAUGAUGAUGACCUUGGUGCUGCAAUGACAGGGCUCCUGAACAAGGGGAGGAAGGAACUUGUAAAGGUGGACCAUUCCACCAUUGAGUACUUGCCAUUUCGCAAGAACUUCUAUGUGGAAGUGCCUGAAAUUGCAAAGAUGACAGCUGAGGAAGUACAGGCAUAUCGAUUAGAGCUGGAAGGGAUUCGGGUGCGUGGGAAAGGAUGCCCAAGACCUGUGAAGACAUGGGCUCAAUGUGGUGUGUCCAGAAAGGUUCUUGACAUCUUGAAAAAGUGUGGUUAUGAGAAACCCACUCCCAUUCAAGCACAGGCCAUUCCUGUCAUCAUGUCAGGAAGAGACAUAAUUGGGAUUGCAAAAACUGGAAGUGGGAAGACCUUGGCUUUCCUCCUUCCCAUGUUUCGACACAUCAUGGACCAACCUCCUCUUGAAGACACAGAUGGACCCAUUUCUAUCAUCAUGACUCCUACACGAGAAUUAUGCAUGCAGAUAGGGAAGGAAUGCAAGAAGUUCACCAAGUCUUUGGGGAUCCGUGCUGUAUCAGUGUAUGGAGGGACUGGGAUCUCAGAACAGAUUGCUGAACUCAAACGAGGGGCUGAAAUCAUUGUCUGCACCCCUGGUCGCAUGAUCGACAUGUUGGCUGCCAACAAUGGACGGGUGACAAACCUGAGGCGAGUGACAUAUACUGUGCUGGAUGAAGCGGAUCGUAUGUUUGACAUGGGAUUUGAGCCACAGGUGAUGAGGAUUGUAGACAACAUUCGUCCUGACCGGCAAACAGUGAUGUUCUCAGCCACAUUUCCUCGGCAGAUGGAAGCCCUUGCUCGACGCAUCCUUAACAAGCCUGUUGAAGUUCAAGUUGGAGGCCGGAGUGUUGUUUGCAAGGAUGUUGAGCAGCAUAUUGUCGUCCUGGAGGAGCAUGAGAAAUUCCUGAAACUUCUUGAACUACUGGGGCUGUUUUAUGAGCAAGGGAGUAUACUUGUAUUUGUGGACAAGCAGGAGGCAGCUGAUGCUCUACUGAAGGAUCUUAUGAAGCAUUCAUACUCCUGUAUGUCCCUCCAUGGUGGCAUUGACCAAUUUGACAGGGAUUCCACCAUAGUUGACUUCAAGGCAGGGAAGGUAAAGCUGUUGAUUGCAACAUCAGUCGCAUCACGUGGUCUUGAUGUCCAAGGACUUGUACUUGUCAUAAAUUAUGACUGCCCCAAUCACUACGAAGAUUAUGUCCAUCGAUGUGGUCGAACUGGCAGAGCUUCAAAUGUUUUGACAACAGGUCUCCAAGACUCAGAUGAUGAAGACAUUGAGGGUGACAUUGACCAACAGAUUGAGAAUAUUAUGGCACCAAAGCGAACAGUUACAAAAGUGACUGCCUCAAACCUGCCGAUCCCAGGUGCAACUGGAAUCAACAACAUGACUGCUGCAAGCUCUGCUGCUGGAAGUGCUGGCAUGCUUCCUAUGCCAAAUCCUGGACCAGGAUUGCUAGGGGCAGCACCAACACCAUCAAUGGCAUCAGAUGCACUGGAAUUAGCAAAGCGCCGGGCCUCUCAGAUCAACAUGCAAAGGAAUCUGGGGCAAGAAGGGCGUGCAGCAGUCACCCAACAGACUGCUGAAGCCAUCCUUAAGGGAGGUAUCACCACUCAGCAGCCAGUCAUCACUGCAAAAUCAGUUGCAGAACAGUUGGCUGCAAAACUCAACACAAAACUGAAUUACCAACCCAAAGAAGGGCAGUUGGGAGAGUUGGAUGAUGAAGAACCUACUGGGACUCUGAAUCAAGGGGAAACAUUCCAGAAGUUUGAAGAAGAGCUUGAGAUCAAUGAUUUUCCUCAGCAAACAUCCUUGAUCUUGACAGGUGGAGGAAUGGCUUUGCAGCAGAUAGGGGAGUAUUCAGAAGCAGGAAUCACAGUGCGUGGAACAUUCUGCCCCUCAGGAAAGAACCCACCAGAUGGAGAGCGGAAGCUCUAUCUUGCCAUUGAGAGCACGAGCGAAUUGGCUGUUUCCAAGGCCAAGAAUGAAAUCACCCGUCUCAUAAAGGAGGAGCUACUGAAGCUUCAAACUUCUGCCUACCAACCUUUCCAGAAGGGCAGAUAUAAAGAGUCAAGUCUAAGCAGCUGUCGCAUGCAUUUCGCCCAGAAUCCAAUGAAGAUAGUGAAGGGAAGGAGACAAUAUCUUUUUGAUCACAAUAAUAAGGAAUACCUAGACUGCAUCAGUAAUUUUGCUCAUGUUGGACAUUGCCACCCAUUGAUUGUGAAAGUUGCACAGGUAGAGAUGGGAAAACUCCUUUUGCCUGAGCCUGCCUGCAUUGAAUCAGAGGAGACACCCAUUGUUUGUUCCCUCCGUUCUACACUACCACCAGCCCUAGACACCUUCAUCUUCCUCACCACAGGGUCAGAGGCCAAUGAUUUAGCCUUAAAGCUGGCAGCUCACUACACAAAGAGGAAGGAUGUGUUUGUCAUGGAUGGUGCAUAUCAUGGAAACUUUGAUUCUCUUUCCCGAAUCUCCCCUCGCUCUAUCAAGAGACUUAAACACGGUUGUGAGCCAUGGGUGCAUGUCCUCCCUCUGCCUGACACAUAUAAAGGGAAGUAUCAGAGGGAGGAUCCUGAGGCCCAUUCCAAGUACCUGAGGGAUGCAAUAAGGCUCAUCCAUGAAGUGAAUUCUUCUGACUCAAAGAUAUCUUGUUUCAUAUGUGAAACUCUGUUCUCCACCUCUGGUAUCAUCAUUCCCCCUACAGAUUAUCUUCCCUCUGUCAUCAAGGAAAUUAGACAGAAGGGAGGGUUGUGGAUAGCAGAUGAAGUGGCCACAGGACUAGGUCGCCUGGGAUCUCACAUGUGGGGAUUUCAGGACCUUGAGCAUGACCUCAUCCCAGACAUCCUCACUCUUGGGAAACCUCUGGGAAAUGGGUAUCCUGUGGCUGCUGUAGUCACACGAAGGGAUCUUGUCUCUGGUGCAGAAUCCAUCCUGAAACAGUUCACUAGACCAAGGCUUGGCUUGAAGAUUGGAGCAGCUGUAUUGGAAGUACUGUCAUCUGAAAAACUGAUGGAUCAUGCAGGCCAUGUUGGAGAGGUCCUCUUGUCAGGUUUAAGGACACUUCUCAACAAGUCACCUCAUAUUGGUGAUGUUAGAGGUCAAGGAUUGAUUGGUGGUAUGGAAAUAGUUGAGAACCAACAGUCCAAAAAGCCAAGUCGGCAGCUGGCCAAAAAACUCUAUUAUAUGUUGAAGGAGGAGGGGAUCCUUGUGUCAGUGGUAGGAGAGGCUCAGAACAUUCUUGCUUUGCAGCCACCCAUGUGUUUCACUGAGGAAAAUGCUCAUUUGUUUGUGUCCACUUUGGAGAGAAUUCUUCAGGAUCCCAGCUUUUCUGAUUCCUCACAGUUUCCUUCAUCUGAAAGCAUAGAAAGAAAGGUAGAGAUGGAGAAGGACUCAGGGACAGAGGAUGCUUGUGGAGAAGAUUUAGGGAGUCGGGAUGAGAGCAUGAUGGAUUCCUCUCAGCAGUCCCUGGUCAGCAGCCAAUCAGAAGAUGAAGGAACCCACACUGCCUCUUCUCCUCCUCAUCCCCAUUCUCUUAUAUUGGGAGAAUUCGGAGAACCUCCUCCUCAUACACUACCACAACCACUGUUGACACCAGCACCUCCUGAUCCCAGCUCAGAGCCUCCUUCAUCACAAUCCCAGUCUCAACAGAUGGGCCAUUGCUAUUGUCAAGAACACAAUCUGUAUGAUUGCAGUAUUGGGAAGGAACGGAACCUGAAUAUAGUGGAACUGCAGUGUAAUGGAUGUAGACGGUGGUUCCAUGAGUCCUGCAUUGGAUAUCAGCUGGGGAAAUUGGUUCCCUUUAUGCUCAACUAUGUGUUCACAUGCAAGAACUGCUCCAACACAGGGCUGGAGGUGUUCAAAAAGAGCCAAGCUCAUUUCACACACAUGUGCCUAACGGCAUUGGCAAAUCUUCAGCAGCAGUCAACAAAGGAAGGACGGGAGGAGCGAGUGUUUUCGCGUGAUGCCCACAUUAUUCCGUUCAUGGAGUCUCAUUGGGAGAGUCUCACAACCAUGCCUCGACGUAAUACAGCUGCCUGGCACAAUACGAUACAGAGGUCACUUGCAAAGGAGAAGGGAAUGUUGUUCAUCUGUGAAGACAAGCUUCCUGAAGGUGUCCCACCAACUGUUCCAUAUCCUCUGUAUGGUCUUGCGAACCCAGAUCUCACUCUCAUUCGACCCCUUUAUGAAAUGCAAGGAGGCCAGAGAAGGGGAGGAGCAAAGAGGAAAGCAGAUGGAGGAGGUGGAAGUGGAAGUGGAGGAAGUGCUGGUGGAGGUGGAAGUGGAAGUGGAGGAGGCAAGAAGCAAAGGGGAUUGGGUGGAGAGAUUUCCUUCCGCAGUGGCUCUGUCCAUGGAUAUCCUCUUGAGCAUCCCUUUAACAAGGAUGGGUAUCGGUAUCUCCUUGCCGAGCCUGAUCCUCACGCUCCAUUUCGGCAGGAGUUUGACGAGAGUGCAGAAUCAAUUGGAAAGCCUAUUCCUUCCUGGCAGUAUCGUGUUCUCACUCCUCCAAUUGUUCUUCUUGCCCUCCAUGAUCGAGCCCCACAGUUGAAGAUGGAUGUGAACUGUGGGACAUGGUAUUGGGAAGCAGUAGUCACGAACAUGCCAGAGAACUCAGCCACACGCAUUGGCUGGGCACAGGCACAUGCCAAUCUGCAAGCACCAUUGGGCUUUGAUCGCUUUGGCUACUCCUGGCGCUCAAGGAAAGGGACAAAGUUCCAUGAGGCCCAUGGGAAGCACUAUGCAAAUGGACAAGGAUUUGGGGUGGGGGACAUCCUUGGGUUCCUGAUUCAUCUCCCACAGACUCGAGAUCCUUCUGUAUAUCUCCCUCCCACUCACAAGGACAAGCCCCUUGUACGUGUGAAAAACCAUCUAUACUAUGAAGAAAAGGAGAAUGUUCAGGAGUCACUCAAGAUCUUAACUCCUCUCCUUGGAGGCAAGAUCACCUUCUUCAAGAAUGGGGUGAACCAAGGUCUUGCAUUCACUGACAUAUAUGAGGGAUCUUACUAUCCAGCCAUCUCCAUCUAUAAAAAUGCCACUGUGACAGUCAAUUUUGGACCAGAGUUCAAGCAUCCUCCUCAGGAGGUCUCCUUUCAACCUUUGAAAAUCACAAGUCAUACAACAAUUGGUGGCUUCUUGAUGCUACAGAUGAGCAAUCGGGCUGAGGAGUCAACAGUUCAGCAGGCCCUGAGUGAUAUGCUCUACCUCACCCAGAAUCAUGGGAAGCUGAAGAUCAAUGAUGCAUGA